AUGCCUGCGCUGCGCGAUGCCGGGCUGCUAAGUGUGAGCUGCCGGAGUGGCCCUGAACCACUACGUCCCCUCCGUUUCCUCCCAUCUUCUGGAGCACCCAAGCCCCUUCCUGAGUUUUCGGCGGCAGCCCCUGACGACUCCCAUCGCCCGCCAGUUUUCCCCGCCGCCACCAACCCCGAGACGGUGCUGACGGCUGAACGUGGUAUCGAUGGGGGCGAGGGCGACGACGGGCUCGAGGAGAAGGACAGCGGGGCCGCGAGCAGCCCCUGUGGGGCUGCCGAGCUGCGCUUCUGGACGAGGGCGGACGAGGUGACGCCAGCGGUGGCCUCACCACGGGCAGCUCAGCCUCCGCACCAGCAGCCCCGGUAUUGCCCAAAGAGGCGACUGGAACUGGCCGGGGCCAGGGCGGGCGCUUCCGAAGCGACGGCCGCAGGUGGCGUUGGCAGCGAGGAGGGCGGCGCGUGAGGCGGGCCCGGCUCGGGCAGCGGUGCGGCGGGAGGCCUGGCCUCAGCAAGCCCGGGCAAGGCGCAAGAACAGUUGGUGAAGCCGCCCUACUGCACAUCGCGCUCAUCACUUGUGGCUAUCCUGCAGAGUCCGCAGAAGAAGUUGACUCCGAGCGGCAUCUGCGAGUUCAUUAGCAACCGCUUCCACUACCGGGAGAAGUUCCCCGCUUGGCAGAACAGUAUCCGCCACAACCUCUCGCUCAACGACUGCUUUGUCACAUCCCCGCGCAGGCAACCUGGCAAGGGCAACCACUGGACCUCUGACCCGCAGUCCGAGGACAUGUUCGACAACGGCAGCUCGGUGUAUAUGCCGGAAACGCUCAGCGCCGAAUUCCAGCAGGAGCACCUGCGGCGAGUGUUAAGAUCUAUGCCUCAUGAUGCAGAGUUUGCGCUUAUAGGCCUGAGCAGUGGUGGACAAGUGCGGGGCCCCACGGUCGCCAUCGGCCUGGCACUUCCGCGGUCGCGGCUGGCGCCCAUCAUCCGGUUGUUGGUGGCGGCGGCGGCAGUUGGUCGCGGCGUCCAGGCACCAUUACGCGUUGCCGCCAGUGGCACCAGGCUGUCGCCCGGCGCGUCGUGCAGCCGUUGUUGCCCCUCGGGCGAGCUGGGCCGCAAAGCGGUUGUCGUCUUCGGCUCGCAGUCUGGCUACCCGAAGCCAGAGCUCACCGAAGCCCGUGUUGCGGCGGUCGUCAGCGGGCACGGCGGGCGCUGCGGCCAAGGCGGGCGCUGGGGCGCCGGGGUAACUGGGGGGUUCGGGGGCGGUGGGGGCGGCAGCGCAGCACAAUCCUUCCUGAGGCCGCCCGGGACCGUGCAGUCUGCCCGGUGGCGCCAUGGCCACGCACUGCCGCUGUCGCUGAGCCGGACGACGGCCACCAUCGCACUCAUCCUGAGCGCCGCUUCGACAGCGUUCCUGCAGCCAGCGGCCGCGGCUGUUGCCGCAGCAGCGCGAAGCUUCAAAUGGCCCGCUCAAUAG